AUGUCCGAUGCCACAUUCUCGCCUACUGUCAAGCCGGAAGAGCAGUUACCAGAGCCGACAUUGCUGCUUUUAUCCGCCUACUUGAGGUGGAUUUUGCUUUAUUACGCGACGAAUCGCAGUGGGAUACUUUCCGAACAUUCAAUCGAGGAUCAGACGAUACAUGUUUCCCAGCUCAUAGCCCGUUUGGUCGAGGAAACUUUGACCCCAAUAGCACCUGUUCUAUGGCCAAUUUUUCAUAAUAGUCCACAUGACGAUUGUUCAAAUUCUCACAUGCUCACCCGAUUCGAGUCUUCUUAUCCAAAAAUCCGUUUACCUUUCAGAUGCGCUUACUUUACACUUUCUAACGACAGUCUUCUCACCAGAUACCACAGAGAAACAUUUCUUUCCUUCGCAUUACUGCUGCAAUUUUUUCCAGACUUGGCAGUUUUCUCCCUGCAAUUCUCGUGGAAAUCGGAAGCAGUUGUGCAAAUACUUCUCCGGUGGAUCGUAUCCAACAGGAAUUCCCAUUUAAGUCGUCACACGUACACCGGGUUGACUUUAGUUCAUGGCGCGCUCAUCGCCGCGAGCUCCGUGAUGCGACAGACACAUGAUAUCAAUCAGGAUUUACGUGACCACUUCUCAGAUCCAAACGAAUUGUCCACCUGUGAAAAGUUCCUACUGGAUGUGUGCAAAACUUUGGCCACCUCCGAAAAGCGGUUUACGGGUAUGUAA